UUAAUUUGCCUAAUGUUAGUGUUACAUGCAAUUAUUUGGGGCAUUGAAAUGCAUCUUUUAGAUCAUAUUUAUAACCAGGUGAUCAGCGCCCAUAACGACAAGAGCAACAAGUUAUUAGCUGUACGGUGGUUAAAACUACACUAAUACCAAAUACCAAUUAAUUAUUCAUAUAAAUUGUUUACCCCCGUAGCUGUAGUUUCUGAUUGGGUGUGCUCAGCUGGGACCUACAAGAAAUAAUACAUCUUAAGAUAAUACACUCAGUAUAAAGCACGUAAUGAAAUAAAACGGAAGUGAACUGAAACUGCGACAACAGCAAACGUAGCCAAGUUAUUAGAGAAUGUUGACAGGCUAAUUCCCAAAUCCCCAUCCAAUUCAAAAUCGCCCCAGGCCGUUAUGCUCUGGAAACUGCCCAUUGUAUUUAAGGACAAACUCCUACUUUUCCAAACCUAUUUUAACAACGAACUUCGUCCGGUGCAAAGAAUGUUUCCAUUCCUGAGUGUGUUGCUUUUUGUAGUAUUGAGCAUCGUACACUGUCAGGAUCCGCGAAAAAGAUUCGUUUUGGACCCGGCUCAGCUUCAAAAAGAUGACAUAGUCUGUAACACAAAGUCCUGUUUCAAGAGAUCUUGGACUCAAGAGGAUAUGGGACCAUUUUGGGCAAAUAGAGGUAAAAAGGAUCCAAAAUAUCUGCAAGAGAAGCUGCUCGUGGAUGAGCCGUUCUUUAUUUGUCUGCGCAAGGAUUUACGAAACGAACCGUUUUACAACUCCAGAGGUAAAAAGCCUUUGUACUGGAAUCCUCAUAAGAAUUCAAUUGAUGAUAGUGAUAAUGAUAAUGGCAAGUCCAGAAGAGAGGCGUGAUUUUGAAAAAGAUGUGGACUUCGACCCGGCAUUCUUCGCUGCCAGGGGCAAGAAAGAGUUGGAAAAGUAAAAUAAGUAGUUUCUUCUUGGUGUUACUGUAUGUUGCUUUGCAAAA